ACCGCCCUGAAGAUAGGUGCCGUCCAAUCUGCUGGCUUUGUUACUUGUAAUUCAAAUGAAAAACGGUCAUCGUUUUUGUUGAAUUCUUUAGAUUUCGUGAAAUCUCUCGUUCUAGGUAAGGUGUAGCGAUGGAGGAUUCAGAGGAAUGGGAAUUGAUAUUGCGAGAUACAACUGCGAUGGUACGUGAUAAUUUCACAAAGUUGCGCUCUAUAUGGACCGAAAUAGGAUACGAUAAAGAAACCCAAUCGGCUUAUACCAUUGCAGCGCGUGAUCAUAUACAGGAAUUAUUUAAUGAUAUGGUAUCAGAGUUGAAGUAUAAGAAGACAUUGCUGUUGGAAGAAUCGAAGCAGUUGAUGCAAAAUACAACUAUUCUGUCGAAGGAAUUGAAAGAAACGAUCGAUGCGAGCGGAUACGAGAUGCUACCUUUGUUCUAUUUACACCAGGUACUGCGACAGGAUAUGGAAAAGUUGUUGCGCAUUAAAGAACAACGUGAAACGUAUUUAAACGAAUUAUUGGUCAAGGAAGAUGAAAUUUGUAAACGUCUUGGCGUACACCCAAUAGGAAUCGAAUCUAAACCUUUAACCGAAGAGGAAUUGGAUAACUUCAAGUUACAUAUAGAUAAGCAGGAAGCGGAAAAGGAUCGCGUAGAGGGUGAAUUUAAAAGUGCACAAAAUUUCAUUGUCAAAACGAUGGAUGAUCUGGGAAUUAAUCCGUCCUCUUAUUUCGAAGAAAUGGUGUGUAAUAAGCCCGAUAAUUUUAUCCUUACACCUGGGAACAUGGGAUUGUUGAAGGACUUUCAAGAACGAUUGGAGGAAGAAUUAAGUAGGGCGAAGAAGGAAUUCGAGGAUAUAAUGGAAGAGCUAAUAGCUUUAUGGGAAUAUCUCGAUGUACCUAACGACUUUCGCAAAGGAUUCUUUAACAAUCAUCCGGGAUACAGGCAAGCUACUAUAAAAGCGAUUAAUGGAGAGAUCACGCGUUGUAAGGAAAAGGCACGUAUCGCCAAGUGCGUCAAUAAAGUAAGAGCCGAAUUGGUUAACCUGUGGGACAUGUGCAAGUAUGGUGAAGCCCAGCGAAAAAAAUUCACCGCCUUUUAUUCUCGUACGUACACAGAGGAUUUAUUGACCCUGCACGAGCUCGAGAGCGAAAAAAUUGGAAAGUAUUAUGAAACGAACAAAAUGAUUUUUGAUCUCUUGGAGGAGAGAGAGAAGCUUUGGACGAAAAUGAAAGUAUUAGAACAUCCAUCUAAUAAUCCGGAUCGAUUGAAUAAUCGAGGAGGCCAAUUGCUUGCGGAAGAGAAAGAACGGAAAGUCAUACAAAGAAAGUUGCCAAAGAUCGAGGCCCAGUUGCAUAACUUGGUGGAAGAAUAUGAGACGAGGCACGGGGAAUCGUUUUACGUUAACGGCCUUUCCUUGGAAGAAUUCCUGGCGGAAUCCUGGGCAAAUCGUGAUAUCGAAAGGGAAACCAAGAAGAAUGCUAGAAAAGUGGCGAAGGAUAAGUGCGCGAUGAAGGCAAGCGCUACGAAACGUACCCCAAAUGCUACCUCGACCAUUCAAACUCCUUUGUGUACGUCGACGAAGAGAAAAUUAGCUUACGGCUCGACCCCUAACAGUUCGGCUAAGCGACGAAACGUUGCCACCGGUAAAGUGCGUAGCGCAACCUAUGGUUCGAAAAUUAGAAGGAGCGGGAAGAUUGCCAGGCGAAUAUUGUCGGAAAAUAAGAAACGUAGAAGCAAUCAAAGAAAAUCCAUCUCUUUGUCCCCAAAUAUACGUACCGUUGACAUGACCUAUGGACAAUUCCAAGAGCACCUCAAGGAAAGAGAAGAAUUGCGUAGCUCCUUGUUGCCGCCCGAUCAAUCCGCGUACAUUUCAAAAACGCCUAAUCGUAUGCACGUCAAACCAUCCAGGAAGAAUUUAUAUAACGUAAACGCAACGUCCAAUACGACGUCGUCGAAGUCAUUGCUGUCUGCUCGAAAUUCACCGCGUAGCCCUAGAAUGGAUAAUACGCCGAAACUCGCAACUGCACCGAACGUAUUACCUAUUAUAUUUUGAUAAAUUCUUUCCUUAAUAUUUAGAUAUUUUCUAUUUAAUGUAAUUCCUUAUGUUAGCGAGGGCUGCUCUUUCAACUCCUGGGACUCUCGUAAAUAUAUAUACAUAUACAUAUAUGUAUGUAUAUAUAUAUAUAUAUAUAUAUAUAUUAUUUCCAAUUUAUAGAAGAAGAUUUUUAAAGUUUAGGGCUUGUAUGUGGGGCCGGGGGGGGGGGGGG